AUUGUUCUCUUCCUUCAUAAUAGAAAUGGACGAACAUGAAGACGAUACCUAUACAGUGCCACCGGGCUUUUUCGACGAAAUCACCGACAUAAAUACUCCCUACCAGGAUAACCUCGAAGAAGACGUUUCAGAUACUAAUACAGAUAUCGAAUCUAUGCAGAGUAUAUGCAUAGAAAAAGCAGACCAGUCAUCAGACCGCCAAAGACUAUCCUACUGGUUUAACGGGGUUGGUGAAGACGAAGAUGAUAGUCUCCGGCGCGAUCCAUAUAGCUCUUUCUGGAAUGCGAACUAUACACCGCCCGAGCUGAUUCCACACAUGGGGUUCAACCCGGAAAUGGUUCAAGAAUUCGGCCUUCUUAUUAGCGGUAAUGGUACACACCGUAUUUGCGCUGAAGAGGUACAGGACUACUAUGUCAUACCAAGCUAUCCACAUACGAAAAGAGAAGGUAUUGCAACCUUUGUUCAUUGUGGAGAGCCUCUCUUACCCGAUAACCCUACGGAUAAUAAUAUCCGCGCUGCAUUUACAAAAAUCAAAGACCAGAUUGAAUUUGAUUAUGCGGGAAGGGGUAGUACAACGAAGUUUACAUCAACUUCGCUGAAGUUUCUCGAGUUUGUACAUGUCUCGCGUAUGCAUGGCUUAUACUUACAACAUAUA